AGAAUUUUUUCCUAACAUCAGAACCAAAUUUCUCCUCAUUCUCUUAAAAUGUCCUAUCACUAUCAGACAGCAUAAAAAGUUAGUUCCCCUCCUACUUCUAAGCUCCCCUCAAGUACUGGAAGGCCACAGUGAGAUCUCCCUGGAGCCAGCUCUUCUCCAGACUGAAGAAGCCCAACUCCCAUAGCCUUAAUUCACAGCACAUGUGCUCCAGCCCUUUGAUCUGCUUUCUGGCCCUCCUAUGGACACACUCCACACAGCUCCCUCAGCAUUCCUGGGUGACACCCAGCAGGCCUCACAUACUAAGCACAUCCAGUUGAACAGCCGCUCUCUGUACUUUGCUCCAUCUUCCUCAGAAACACAAGUACUGCUGAGCUCAGCAGCAAGACACAAAGCACUCGCCUCAGCUGAACGGAGGAAUGCCCUGUACUCCUCAGCUGUGCCCUUGACAGCAUGGCCUGGAGUGGCUCACGGCUGCAUCCCCAUGUACCAUGUAUGCUUCCAAUUUCCCUAUGGAAUCUCCUAAUCCUCCUCGUAUCCAUCAAAGCCCAUGCAGACAAAUGGCUUCACCCACUGACACUCAACUCAACUAUGAUCCCAUAACCUCUGCUUCAGCCUUCCAGAUCAACCCACUGACCUUCAGCUCAGGGCUUGCUAUCACUCAACCAGGCCUGAGAGGACUGCGUCCUGCUCUCACAAACAGCGCUCCACUGCCUGAAUACGCUACAAUCCCCAUGGACAGCCCUAAGCAGAAACUACACAAAACAGGCAGCAACCCUGUUCCCAACUAAAACCUUGAAAGCACAGAGGGAACCAAGAUGCCACUGCAGCAUACCCGGUGGCAAAGACAAGGGCAAAGCAGAUGCAAAGGGAAUUGGGAUGAAGGCCUGCAGGGAGAAAACGCAAUGCAAGUGACAGGGUCUCAUGCCAAACACGCCGGGGAAGCCCAGAGCAGCCUGCCAAGGAUGCCAGGAAAUGGGGUACCCGCCACACAAUGCAGUCACAAACCACACAACAUAAAUGCUAAGACGUGACCUCACUCCUGAGACCACACCUCUCCCAUGUUUAGAUGCAUUUUCCAACCACCCUCAUGAGGCACGCCUUGUGUACAGAUCCACCAGAAUAGUCAUUCUCGCUUAAAAAAUGCCAACAGGGUCAAAGGAUCAAAUGCACAACAUAAGGAAAUGAAAAGGCAGCAUUCUGGGAAGGCAGACACACCCCACCUCAUGACUGACCAAGCUCUGGCAUGCAACAGCAGCUCGCUGCACAAUGCUGCCAUGCGCAGAGGCUCUCUCCAAGCCCUCGGGCGCUCACACAGCAGCAUAAAAGCCGGCCCUGCACCUCACUCCCUCACACCCUUCUCCUGACGCCUUCUCCUCUGCCCUCCUCCAGGUGAGCCUGCACUCCGCUGCCCUCCUUCGCCCGCCCCACAUGGCCCAGCUCUCCACACUCCCUCUGCCUCCAGCCCCAGCAGCCCUUCCACCUCCUCACUGCCAUGCUCCCCCCAGCCCUAAACCACAACUGCCCCAUCCCUGGGAAGUACGCAGCACCGCUCCUUUCACGCCCCAACACCUCCGCUUACCCAACCGCCUCUCUUCCAGGGACCCUCCACCCCACAGCCAUGUCCUGCUACGACCUCUGCCGCCCCUGCGGACCCACCCCGCUGGCUAACAGCUGCAACGAGCCCUGUGUCAGGCAGUGCCAGGACUCCCAGGUCGUCAUCCAGCCUUCCACCGUCGUGGUCACCCUGCCGGGACCCAUCCUCAGCUCCUUCCCCCAGAACACCACCGUCGGAUCCUCCGCAUCAGCUGCCGUGGGCAGCGCCCUCAGCUCCCAGGGAGUGUCCAUC